UCAUGCAUUAUGCUUCCGACCAUCGCCGAGUGAACACUGUGACACUAGACACGCUCUCCGCAACACGAUCACGAAACGAGCUUAAAAUUCAAGUGCGGUGAAAAGUUUGACAAGUGCAUCAUGACAAUGGACAUAAACAACCGGAAAGCUGAGAUUAAAUCGGAUGUCUUCGAAUCACGCACGGAACUUCAACUUCCAGUCAAGACGAAAAGAUCAUUUGAUGUGGCGUUUUUGAUGCUGCCAGAUGAAAAAAUUAAACAACGUGAGUUAAAGGAAUUGAAGGUUCCGAAACUAUCUCCACAAUUGGUGAAUACAACUUAUGAACAUCUUAAAGACCUCAAUCACAACGCUAAUCACUCACCACAACCAUCAAAUCUACAAUCAUCUGGAUCCCCAAGCCCUAAUCACGUAGCUUCUGAUGAUGAAGAUGAAGAAAUUGAAGUGGACGCACCAAAAAUCGACUUCCUAAAACUUCAAACACAGAAGUUUUACACAACACAGAAACAACAGAUCUUUGGAGAUCCACAGAUAGGUAAACCUAAGCUGCAGGAAGACCGUCAGAAGAGCGCAUUCACCAAGGUAACCAUCAAAGAAGGCAGACUUUCCCCUAAUCUUUCAAUGAGUCCUGAUCCUAGUUAUCAAAAUUCUUUAUCUCCUUCCCCACCAAUACCAUCAAGAGGAUACUUUCAAAGUGGUCUAAUGUCCCCGAAUGUAAUGUUUAAGAACCAUGGAGGAUAUCAGGGGCAAUUCGUCCAAAUACCUGAAUCCUUCCAACAGGAAACAAGUCCGUUUAUUUUAAAAGCACCCAAUCCAGAAUUACUCCAACCUAACUUCACCAAACUACGAACAGGUCUGCAAUACCCUGCUGGUUUACCCGGGUAUAAUUACCAGUUCCAACCACAGGAGAUGUUAAAAAUGGCCCAGGUUCAAGCCCAAGCUCAAGCCCAGGCCCAAGCACAAGCGCAGGCACAAGCACAAGCCCAAAUACAAGCCCAACAUCAUCCGCAACAUAAUCAACAACACGCACAUCAUCAGAACCAUCAAAACCAUGCGAAUCAUCCCGGAAACCCAGCCGCCGCAUUGCUCACCUCACUACUUCCCCCAUCACUGGCCGCACUUUCACUACCCGCACAGAAUGUCUGCGCCAAGUGCAACAUCUCCUUCAGGAUGACCUCCGACCUAGUCUAUCACAUGCGUUCGCAUCACAAGAACGAACAGACAGACUACUGCAAGCGGAAGAGGGAAGACAAACUGAAAUGUCCGGUUUGUGCGGAGAGCUUUCGAGAAAGACAUCAUCUCACGCGACAUAUGACAGCUCAUCAGGACAAGGCCAAUGAUUCGGAGAUGCCUGGCAAUAAGACUAAAAAAUUCACAGCUUUUAACAAAUAAGAUUGAAUGGAUUGUAUUGACUUUUAAAAUUUACCGAAAAUUUAUCGCCCAUUUGA